GCCGCCGACCCGCGCCGCCAAACUGAGGCUCUUCUAUAAGCCAGGCAGCAGCCAACCUGCCAACACCUACUGACACUCACUCAUCUCCCAGAGAGAGAAAGAGAGCGCGAGAGAGCGAGCGCGAGAGAGCGAGCGCGAGUGAGAGCGAGCGAGCGAGAAAGAGAGAGAGGGAGAGACAAAAUACCUACCAGGAAAGGGGGGGAGGAAGUCCAAUUUUUGCAAACUAUUCAUUUUUUUUCUUGAUUUUUCCCCCCUUGCUUUCUUUGAACGAUACUUUAAAGAGAGAGGAUCAUAUUAUAUAUACCGCGGGGGCAAAGCUAAACGAGGGGGGAGGGGGGAGGAAAAAAUUCAAGAAGCAGAAACCCCUCGCGGAGUUUACUGGAAGAAAAAAAACGGGUCUGAAAGAUUCCUCCUCUUCAUCAUCAUCAACCAUCAUUCAUUCACUACCUUGACAUUCCGGGCUUUGAUUGACAGCUGGAGUGGCAAAAAGCCAUGAAACACGACAGUUCGGUUACAUGUGGGCUGCUGACGGGCCGCUCGUAACCUUCAGUUCGGGGGCUUGACAAUUUUUUUUUUCUUCUUUUUCUUCUUUUUCUUUUUCUUCUUCUUUUUUUUUUUUUUCCAACUGAGGGGAAGAGAAGAGAAAGAGGGGGAAAGGAGGACCGAAGAGGAGGAGGAGGAGGAGGGGAGGGGGGAGGAGGAGGUGGAGGAGGAGGAGGAAGAUCAGGAGGAGGAGGAAGAAGAGGAAAAAAGAGAAAAAGAAGAAAUAUCACAGGAAAAAAAAAAAACUUCGUUGUGUUGCCUGGGCUUUUUUUUUUUUUCUUUCCCUAAAAAUAACAUAUUGGAGAAUUGGGAGAAGUCUCCUUGGUUUGGAAAAAAAAAAAAAAAAAAGGAAUCUUCAGCCUAGAUCACUUUCUUAUCCGGACUGGGAUAUUAAAUAUACGACACAUCCAGGAGUUUAUUGGAGCGCAGACUGAUGGCGCAAAGGUACGAUGAGCUGCCCCACUACGGCGGGAUGGACGGAGUAGGGGUGCCUGCUUCCAUGUACGGAGACCCGCACGCUCCGCGGCCGAUCCCGCCGGUUCACCACUUGAACCACGGACCGCCGCUCCACGCCACGCAGCACUACGGCGCGCACGCCCCGCACCCCAAUGUCAUGCCGGCCAGCAUGGGAUCCGCUGUCAACGAUGCCUUGAAGCGGGACAAGGACGCGAUCUAUGGGCACCCGUUGUUUCCUCUGUUAGCUCUGGUCUUUGAGAAGUGCGAGCUGGCGACCUGCACUCCCCGAGAACCCGGAGUGGCCGGCGGAGACGUCUGCUCCUCCGACUCCUUCAACGAGGACAUCGCGGUCUUCGCCAAGCAGGUUCGCGCCGAAAAGCCACUCUUUUCCUCAAAUCCAGAGCUGGACAAUUUGAUGAUACAAGCAAUACAAGUACUAAGGUUUCAUCUUUUGGAGUUAGAAAAGGUCCAUGAACUGUGUGAUAACUUCUGCCACCGGUACAUUAGCUGUUUGAAGGGGAAAAUGCCUAUAGACCUUGUCAUUGAUGAAAGAGACGGCAGCUCCAAAUCAGAUCAUGAAGAACUUUCAGGCUCCUCCACAAACCUCGCUGACCAUAAUCCUGCAUCUUGGCGAGACCACGAUGAUGCAACUUCCACCCACUCAGCAGGCACCCCGGGGCCCUCCAGUGGGGGUCAUGCAUCCCAGAGUGGAGACAACAGCAGUGAGCAAGGGGAUGGUUUAGACAACAGUGUAGCUUCACCUGGCACAGGUGACGAUGAUGAUCCAGACAAGGACAAAAAACGCCAGAAGAAAAGAGGCAUUUUCCCCAAAGUAGCAACAAAUAUCAUGAGAGCAUGGCUCUUCCAGCAUCUCACACAUCCGUACCCCUCCGAAGAGCAGAAGAAACAGUUAGCGCAAGACACAGGACUUACAAUUCUCCAAGUAAACAACUGGUUUAUUAAUGCCAGAAGAAGAAUAGUACAGCCCAUGAUUGACCAGUCAAAUCGAGCAGGUUUUCUUCUUGAUCCUUCAGUGAGCCAAGGAGCAGCAUAUAGUCCAGAGGGUCAGCCCAUGGGGAGCUUUGUGUUGGAUGGUCAGCAACACAUGGGGAUCCGGCCUGCAGGUUUGCAGAGCAUGCCAGGGGAGUACGUUUCUCAGGGUGGUCCUAUGGGAAUGAGUAUGGCACAGCCAAGUUUCACUCCUCCCCAGAUGACCCCACACCCUACUCAAUUAAGACAUGGACCCCCAAUGCAUUCAUAUUUGCCAAGCCAUCCCCACCACCCAGCCAUGAUGACGCACGGAGGACCCCCUACCCACCCUGGAAUGACUAUGUCAGCACAGAGUCCCACAAUGUUAAAUUCUGUAGAUCCCAAUGUUGGCGGACAGGUUAUGGACAUUCAUGCCCAAUAGCAUAAGGGAACUCAAGGGAAAAGGAAACACACGCAAAAACUAUUUUAAGACUUUCUGAACUUUGACCAGAUGUUGACACUCAAUAUGAAAUUCCAGACAGCUGUGAUUAUUUUUUACUUUCUGUCAUUUUUUUCAUCAAGCAACAGAGGACCAAUGAGACAAGAACACAAAUGUGAAAUCAUGGGCUCACUGAGACAAUUCUGUCCAUGUAAAGAUCCUCUGGAAAAAGACUCCGAGAGUUAUAACUACUGUAGUAUAAACAUAGGAACUAAGUUAAACUUGUACAUUUCUGUUGAUCACUCCGUUAUGUUGCCUCAAAUAGUUUUAGAAGAGAAAAAAAAAAUAUAUCCUUGUUUUCCACACUAUGUGUGUUGUUCCCAAAAGAAUGACUGUUUUGGUUCAUCAGUGAAUUCACUAUCCAGGAGAGACUGUGGUAUAUUUUAAACCUGUUGGGCCAAUGAGAAAAGAACCACGCUGGAGACCAUGGUGAAUGGUUUUGGCUGAACCUCAUCCUUCAGACUCCGGCUUCAAGAAUGUGUUUUCAUGCCCGGCCUUUGUUCCUCCAUAAAUGUGUCCUUUAGUUUCAAACAGAUCUUUAUAGUUUGUGCUUCAUAAGCCAAUUCUUAUUAUUAUUUGGGGGGACUCUUCUUCAAAGAGCUUGCCAAUGAAGAUUUAAAGACAGAACAGGAGCUUCUUCCAGGAGUUCUAAGCCUUGGCUGUGGACAAAACAAUCUUAAGUUGGGCAGCUUUCCUCAACACACACAGAAAAGUUAUUAAUGGUCGUAGCACCAUAACUAGGACUUUAUCAGAAACUCAAAGCUUGGGGGAUAAAAAGGAGUAAGAGAAUACUGUAACAAACUUCGUACAGAGUUCGGUCUAUUAAUUGUUUCAUGUUAGAUAUUCUAUGUGUUUACCUCAAUUGAAAAAAAAAAAGAAUGUUUUUGCUAGUAUCAGAUCUGCUGUGGAAUUGGUAUUGUAUGUCCAUGAAUUCUUCUUUUCUCAGCACGUGUUCCUCACUAGAAGAAAAUGCUGUUACCUUUAAGCUUUGUCAAAUUUACAUUAAAAUACUUGUAUGAGGACUGUGACGUUAUGUUAAAAAAAAAGGUGUUAAGUCACAAAAUGCGGUAAUAAAUAUUUCAUUUUUGA